UUACAAUCUAGACUAAAGAUCACACCUACAUCAAAAUGGAUAUAAAUGGGUUAUGGACAAUUCGAUUCAUUUUGCAUACAUUCAUAUUCUUGGAUAGAGGACCGCGAAGGAAGUUAAUACAAUUGAACGUGAGAUACCUGAGAAAUAAUGACUGGAUAUAUCAGGCAUAGGUUCGUUCUGGGAUUUCUCUGCAUUACAUAUUUGUUGUUAGUAUCAGUGCAUUCUCAGAACAACUUGUGCCCAGAUGGAGAUGAAUGCGAUCCCCUACAUGGAAGAUGUGUUUCUGGACGAUGUGCAUGUCAACCUAAUUACUACGACCUAUGUGAUAAGUAUGAAGAACCAUGUCUCGUAGAAAGAUGUGGCGGAAAUGGAAACUGCAUCGCUUCUUCAGAAGGAACCCCCUCGUUUGCACUUGUACCGAGCUACAGGUGUAUUUGCUUUAAGGGCUUUUCAGGGGACAAUUGCCAGGUUAACGAGUUGUGUAGCAGUCCGUCGGACAGGAGAUGUCAAAAUGGUGGUACAUGUCGUGCAUCGGGCAUCAAUGAUUACACUUGUUCCUGUCCCCACCCUUACCAGGGUAAAAACUGCGAAACCGUACCGAAUCAAUGCUCCAGUUACCCUUGCGGACGAGGUGGAACUUGCCUAGACCGUCAGCUUUCAUACCAAUGUGUCUGUCAUCCGGGCUUUACCGGUACAAACUGCCAGGAAGAGUUGGACUUCUGCUUUAUUGCUUCCAAUGAAACAUAUGGUUAUAACAGAACUUGUUCGGAUCACGGUCGUUGUGAGAACAUACCUGGUGAUUUUGUUUGUCAUUGUGAUGAUGGAUAUACCGGGGUAGAAUGUGAAACAAAAAUAGACCCCUGUGACUCCAGUCCCUGUCAGAAUAGUGCUUCAUGUUUAAGAGUAGAGGAACCGUUCGGCUAUACAUGUUCUUGUACAGCAGGUUAUAUAGGCAGGCAUUGCGAAACUGAUAAGUUGUCGUAUGACACAAUGUGGGGUUUUCAGCUGGGGAUCUCAAUCUUCCUGGUCAUCUUCUUUGUCGUUGUUGUUGCUCUUUUCGUAAUGCUAUGGCGCCGCCUGAAUAGGGAGGAAAAGGAACGGAAUUCUCAAUACCACUACAAACAAUUUCAAAGUGAGAACACCUCUACGGACACUUCUGGUCGGCCCAAUAGUGCAACUGACAGUGGAACCUCGGCUGCCAAGAAAAAUCAACCAAACUACGAGGUGAUAGGGGAGAAUAAAGGAAAAUACGGAGUAUAUGAGGUCGCUGCCGCACAGAAAAGCAGAUAUAGAGAUGGGUUCAGAUAGAAUGGUAAAUUCAGCAAAACAAUCGUAUGUACUAAAAUAGCUGAUUUUUGAUGUCGUAUUUAAUGCAGAUUUGACGACAAUGGAAAGCUCGACAGUGAUAUUUUCUGAGUGCUCUGAGUGAUUAAAUGAUUCUGGAAAAGCAAAAUAUAUUGCACUGUAGAAAGAAUGCAGUUCACGGUUAAUAUAUAGUGAAAAGACCAGAUUUAGUAUGGCAGGUGAUUUUUGACAGUCAUAUCUUUCACCAUGAA